GGAGGAAGGAACGAAGGCAAGGAAAACAAGGAGGCGGGGCGUCGCCAUGGCGGCCAGGGGCCGACCUGGGCCGAGAUGAGGUGCUGAGGGAGGAUGAUCUCGCGAUAUACGCGGAAGCCGGUGCCCCCCGAAGCCCUGGGCAUCCGAGGACUUUCCAAAAAUACCUUAGAACAUCAUCCCCUGCCAGACUCAUUGGAUGACAGUUAUACAUCCACUGAAAGUCAGGAAGACUUGUCAAGCGAGUCUGAAAGUACAAAAGUUUCAAACUACCAAUCUGUCAGUUCAGUGGAUGAUGGGAACUCAUGGUCAGCUAGUCAGAGCUUCACAGGCAUCUCCACCGAAGACAGCUCAGUCUUUUCAUGGGGCUAUGAUGAAUUUGAUAAAGCAGCUACACGGCAGGUCCAGCAGAUAUUUAGACACAUUGAUGAGCUCUUGUAUGAACAAAAAACAAGUGUGUUUGUUGAAGGCCUAGAGGAAGAGUGCCAACAAUGGGUGUCAAGCUUCCCCCAUCUCAGGAUUGUAGGAAAACAAGUAGUGAUCCCCACAGAUGAAGGCUAUAGGUGGUAUUCUAGUUCAGCUUGCAGCACCUUGGAGUCAUCUGACAUGAGCCCAGUGCAAGAGAAGGAUCCUAAAAAUACUUUUUUGUUCAGGUUUAGCAUUCUGGGUAAAAAAGUUCCUCUCUCUAUUGCUUCUACUGAAGAAGAAGAAAAUGUUUUACACCCUCCCAAAUUGUGUUUGUUGGGGAACGAAGAAGAUGGAGUGAUCGUCUCUGAGGGCAUAAUGGAGGAAUAUUUAGCAUUUGACUGCAGAGAUGUGGAAGAGGAGUUGCAUGAAUGGAAAAUGGGCAUUUCAUCUGACAGGAGGAAAUUAGGUUUCCCUCCUAUCUCACCAUCGUACUGCAUGAGGGAUGCUGUUCUUUCCCAUAUGUUUGAUGACGUGUGGAGUGAAGUACUGGGAUACAUGGAACAGCUGAUCUGUAGACACUGGGAAGGGCCAGUCUCAGAUGAUGAGAAGAAUGUCCUAACUGUAGAAACAAGCCGAACAGAUUCUGGAAGUCCGUUUAUGCAGUUUGAGCCUUUGCCAUUGUUGUUACCUCGAAUGCCACAAAACAAGAUGCCCUCUAUCACUUCAAAUGUUGUACAGCCUUCCCAAGGAACGAGUGGUGGACCACAACGUAAUUUGAAUGGGUUGAUGGUGAUUCAUGGAAUCCCCUUACACCAAAGGAAUUUUCCUGUGAUGGACAAAAUCUUAGACUUGGAUGACAGGUUGCUUAUGAGACCAGGCUCCAGUUCUAUCCUCUCUACCAGAGCGCGGCCAAAUCGCCCUCCUGAACUCAGUGCAUCUUCUCUGUCCUAUUCUGCACAGUCUGCUAGAAGGCGCAACCCACCACCACGUACCCUGCAUCCCAUCAACCCCAGCCAUUCUCGCUCAGGGACACCAAGGCCUAUGGACGAAGUAAUCAGGGGAACACGGCGCUCUGCUGCAAAUGAGCAAUUGUCUUCACCUUCCCCGAUGCCACUGAGCAGAAACAACCUCCUGCCUCCAAUUAGUGCUGUAGAUGUGACAGAACAUACGGGAUCCCAAAAACAAAUGAAAUCCCGGGGAAAUGCUAGCAGGGCUCGCAGUGCGAUAGCGGAUGAAAUCAACCAUCAACCAGUCCAUGAGAGGUUUUUAUUACCUGAUAGUUUCUCCAGGCCCAACACAUCCCAUGCAUUUUGGCCAGAUUCACAGUACCGUCGUUCUUGCACUGUUAUUGAUUAUGCUAAUCAACCGCGAAAUAGCAAAGGAUCUGCUGGCACAGAUUCUAUUAACGUAGGAGUGUUGGGAAUCAGUUUAGGGAUAUCUAGUUCUUCCUAUAUUAGCUCUUUCCAUCACCAGCCUCUUGGUCAUUUUCUUAAUGAGGAUGAGGAGGACAAAGAAGAUCAACCUCCAUUGGUAGGUCUUCAGUUGCAUGGUUCUGUGCGAACCCACAGCCGAGGUGGAUCCAGAAGCAGACAAGGUCUGUAGCGUGCUGAGGAGCCGCUAUCCCAUCUCCAAGAUGAGGGGGCCUCUCCAGAAGCUUUUGAAAUCAGUAUUCCGCUGUAGCAAUAUGAAACCUGUUUACAGAAGAACUCCAAACCUUUCUUAUAAGAGUCUUCAUUUUGUAUAAACUCAACUGCCAAAGAUUACUACAGUUGUGUGGGAAUUUGAUUCCUAUGCUGUUCUGUGGGAUAUUGAAAGCUUAUGUUGUAGAGACUUUCUAAAUCCAAUAUUCCUCUUGGUUGAUUCUUGAUCACAAAGAGUGACACAGUAAUACUAUUGUUAGCUCCCAAAUGACUUGCCAAUUAGUGGAACAUAAUGCGAUAUAUUUAGUAAUACUAGAUUACUGCAUGGACAAACUUGUUAUUUGCUCUACUAGUAUGAGGAGAUGUCAGUACCAGUUGAUCCCAUGCUUCAGAAAAGGUUCAGAAUCUGAUGUCUGAAAUGCGGCCAAGAUUUAAAGCUUACAGCAUCCUUGUUUUAUUGUAUUUAAAUAUAGGUGUCCAUCAUUCCCAAUUAAAUCUAUAUUUCUAAUAUUCACCUAUCUUAAAAAACUACAAGGAUUACUACAGUUGUGUCUGACUCUACUUUGAAUACAUACUUUCUCCUGAUUUAAGUAGAGCAAAAAGUUUGGUAAAAACUUACAAGAAACUAUUUCUGUACACCUCUCAAUUGCAGGAGAAACAUCCUACUUGUUGUAGGCAUUGUUCCUGGUGAGAGGUGUUAACUUAGAAAUAGUUAGAAAAAUAGAAUAGCUUACAAUGAAUAUUCAUUUAACUUUAAUAACUCUGCAGAUUAGCUCUAGGUCUUACUAGUCAAAGUAAGUGCCAGACUGCAAAGAGAUGUAAAUUGAAGAUAGCUUUGCCUUAUAUUCUAGAUACCAUGUGAAAGUUGUAAAUGCCAGAAUGAGAAAGGAUUUAUUACAUUGUAAUUUGGAAUAACUUUUGUAUGCAAAUAAAACAUAUUUUCUAAGUUGUA